AUGGGCCCGCUCAACCCAUCAAAUCCGCCUCCACCUCCUGUUGUCGUUCCUGACCUCAACAUCCGCCCUCAGAUUGAUCAAAAUCUGAGUGGAUAUGGAUAUGGUGGGUGCACCCCCCUGGGAGCAGCUCCGCACAGCGUUGAGCCUCCAAGUACCCCGUACAGUACGGCAGGUGCUUACAAUCAGGGACAACAAUGCUAUGUCCACCCUCAGAUGAAUCAAAAUCUGAGAGGAGGAUAUGGUGGGUGCACCGCCCUGGGAGCAGCUCCAAUGAGCAUUGGACAUGCUGCUCCCAUCCCGUACCAAGGACCUCAGUAUGCCAUGCAGCCAGGUCCUCUGUACAGGCAGGCAGGCGCUUAUAGCCAGGGACAGAACCUGCCAUACAGGCCAUACGUCCCGAGUGCAGCAGCCACCCCCUACGCUGCUCCUCCGCUGAACCAGCGCAUGCGUCCUCUUGGAGUGCUGAAUGGAGAGGUGAUUUACGGGUUUCCAGUCAAUUUUCCCGCCACUUCUACCUCUGCUGCUCCACCUCGGCCGCCACCACCGAGCACCUUCACAUCAAAUAAGAGAAAGCGUGAAGACGGGCAUGAUGGUCGGUCAUACGUGAAAAAGCCGCCAAAUGCCUUCAUGCUUUACAUGAAGGAGCAGAGGCCAAUUUAUGCGGCCGUAAUGAAACUCACUGGGACUGCAGGGGUUAACAAGAUCCUUGGAGAUAAAGUAAGUGCACAACAUCAUAUCAUAUCUGGUAAAAGAUUCUGCAGACAUGCUUGUUCUUUAUUGAAAUGCACUUGGAAGUCACUGUCCAAUGAGGAGCAGGCGAAAUACUUCCAAGUGGCAGACCGAGAAAGACGGCUCCACGCCCUGCAGCACCCGGACUGGUCAUCCAGUAACAAUUACGGCCAAAAGAGGAAGAGGGAAAGGAGCAAGGCCUCCAAAAUGACUGAAGCAUCUGCAUCAACAUCUGGAGAGGUCACACAGGAAGUGAAGAGGAUGUGUGUGACCCCAGGAUACACAGGUGUGAGAGAGACUCAUCACGCACAGUCAAACGUGAUGCAGCCCUCCACCUCGAUGAAAGACGUGACAGUGACUCAUGACGCACAGUCAAACAUGAUAAAGCCCUCUACCUUAACGACAGGUGUGAGAGAGACUCAUCACGCACAGUCAAACGUGAUGCAGCCCUCCACCUCAAAGACAAGUGUGACAGUGACUCAUCACGCACAGUCAAACGUGAUGCAGCCCUCCACCUCAACGACAGUGACUCAUCACGCACAGUCAAACGUGAUGCAGCCCUCUACCUCAACGACAGUGACUCAUCACGCACAGUCAAACGUGAUGCAGCCCUCUACCUCAACGACAAGUGUGACAGUGACUCAUCACGCACAGUCAAACGUGAUGGAGCCCUCCACCUCAAUGGAGUCCAACUUCAUGGCUGGGGACAAAGGUUUAUCAACGGUGGAGAUGCUCAAGCUGCUUGAGAUGUCUCCUCCCCCCACGCCACAGACUCUGCCGCCCAUCUCUGAAGCAGUUGAAAGUCAAACAACUGAGCCAGACUACCUUACCUGGCUGGAUGACUCAAACACAGUGUCUUUUAUAGAUAUACUUGAGUCUCCUCCCCCCACGCCACAGACUCAGCAUCACUCAGCAUCACUCUGCACCGAUUCUGCAUCGAUGUACUCCCCCCUUGCACUGGAUGACAACCAAACUACGGUGUCCAAACUCUUGGCCGGGAUUGAAUAUCCACCUAUGGCAGAGCUGCUUGAGCUGCUAAGUGGCUGAGUCUUGUUUUUGUGAAGGGGCAAAAGGGGAAGAGGGAGAGGGACAGGAGCAAGGCCUCAAAAUGACUGAAGCAUCUGCAUCGACAUCUGGAGAGGUCACAUCGCAAGCGAAGACGAUGUGUGUGAAGCUAGGUUACAUAAGUGUGACAGUGGCUUCUCACACACAGUCAAACGUGAUGCGGCCCUCCACCUCAACGACAGAUGUGACAGUGGCUUCUCACGCACAGUCAAACGUUAUGGAGCCUCAAUGGAGUCCAACGUCAUGGCUGGGGACAGAGAUUUAUCAACGCUGGCGAAUGUUCGAGCUGCUUUAGAUGAUUCCUGUCCCCACGCCACAGACUCAGCUGCCCAUCUCUGAAGCAGUUGAAAG